GUAACACCACUAAUGGUUGCCGCAAUGGGAGGACAUGAAGAAUGUGUUCGUAUGUUGCUUGAUAACAACGCAGACAUAAAGACAACAGAUAAUGAAGGAUGGACAGUCCUCCAUUAUGCAGCAUCAAGUGGGAAUGAAGCAGUUGUGAAUGAUCUACUGGAUCAGAAAGACCUAUCGAGUUCAAGACGUUCAAGAAGAGGUCAUUCACCUUUAGAUGUUGCAGUGCGAUCAGGAAAAGCUGGAACUGCAGGGUUUCUUCUUGAUAAGGAUGCAUCAGUUAUACACCAGAGCGACAGUGAAGGAUUUACACCUCUUCACCUUGCUAUUGAAAGUGGAUUUACAUCAGUCGUCGAAGAGUUGAUUUCUUUAGGUGCUGAUUUAAACCAGGCAUCAAACGAUGGCCAGACACCUUUACAUACUGCUAUCAGACUAUGUAACUGUAAGAAGAGACAAGUUGAAAUGACAGAAGCUUUGGACCAGAUACAGCAAGAAAGCGAUGACAUCUUAUCCCCAUCAGAGGCCCUGAUACAAUUCCUAAUAAAUAAGGGAUCUAAGAAGGACAUCAAGGAUAACGGGUAUUUUCCAGCACAGUACGCCAAGGUUGAGUGUAUUAAGCAAAUGGCUUUCCAUAGGUGA